GCAUCAAUGGUGGCCAAGACAGAAGGAAAGGCCGUUGGCAUUGACCUCGGCACCACCUACAGUUGCGUGGGUGUUUGGCAGAACGACCGUGUUGAGAUCAUAGCUAAUGAUCAAGGUAACAGGACCACUCCUUCCUAUGUUGCUUUCACUGAUACAGAGCGUCUCAUUGGGGACGCUGCCAAGAACCAAGUCGCCAUGAACCCACAGAACACUGUUUUCGACGCCAAGCGACUCAUCGGCCGACGAUUCUCCGACCCUCCCGUUCAAAGCGAUAUGAAGCACUGGCCGUUUAAGGUUGUCUCUGGUCCCGGUGAUAAGCCUAUGAUCGUGGUUCAAUACAAAGGAGAGGAGAAACAGUUUGCCGCUGAAGAGAUUUCUUCAAUGGUGUUGACGAAAAUGAAAGAAGUCGCAGAGGCAUAUUUGGGUCAAACGGUGAAAAACGCUGUGGUUACCGUUCCUGCAUAUUUCAAUGACUCUCAGAGACAGGCUACGAAGGACGCCGGUGCUAUUGCAGGGCUUAAUGUGAUGAGAAUCAUCAAUGAGCCUACCGCGGCAGCCAUUGCUUAUGGUUUGGACAAAAAGGCUUCAAGGUCUGGAGAACAAAACGUCCUUAUCUUUGACCUUGGAGGUGGAACUUUUGAUGUUUCAUUGCUCACAAUUGAAGAGGGAAUCUUCGAGGUGAAGGCUACUGCUGGUGAUACUCACUUAGGAGGUGAAGACUUUGAUAAUAGGCUCGUGAAUCACUUCGUGCAGGAGUUCAAGAGGAAGCACAAGAAAGAUAUCAGCACCAAUGCAAGAGCUCUGAGAAGACUGAGGACUGCUUGUGAGAGGGCGAAGAGAACUCUGUCUUCAACGGCUCAGACGACAAUUGAGAUUGAUUCCCUCUACGAAGGUAUUGAUUUCUACUCUCCAAUUACCAGAGCGAGGUUUGAAGAAUUGAAUAUGGACUUGUUUAGAAAAUGCAUGGAGCCUGUGGAGAAAUGUCUUAGGGACUCUAAAAUUGACAAGAGUAGAGUUCAUGAGGUCGUUCUUGUUGGUGGAUCUACAAGGAUUCCAAAAGUGCAGCAGCUUCUGCAGGAUUUCUUCAAUGGCAAAGAGCUAUGCAAGAGCAUAAACCCAGAUGAAGCUGUGGCUUAUGGAGCGGCCGUGCAAGCUGCAAUUCUGACGGGUGAAGGGAACGAGAAGGUUCAAGACUUGCUUCUACUUGAUGUCACUCCUCUGAGCCUUGGCAUUGAAACUGCAGGAGGUGUGAUGACGGUGUUGAUCCCGAGAAACACAACAAUACCUACAAAGAAGGAGCAAAUUUUCUCUACAUACUCUGACAAUCAGCCUGGAGUGCUAAUUCAGGUGUAUGAGGGAGAGAGGGCAAGAACUAAGGAUAACAACUUGCUUGGAAAAUUUGAGCUCACAGGGAUCCCUCCAGCACCAAGAGGAGUUCCUCAAAUCAAUGUGUGUUUUGACAUUGAUGCAAAUGGCAUAUUGAAUGUAUCAGCAGAGGAUAAAACGGCAGGAGUGAAGAACAAGAUUACUAUCACCAACGACAAAGGAAGACUGAGCAAAGAAGAAAUUGAGAGAAUGGUGCAGGAGGCAGAGAAGUACAAGGCCCAGGAUGAGGAAGUGAAGAAGAAGGUGGAGGCUAAGAACUCUCUGGAGAACUACGCCUACAACAUGAGGAACACUAUCAAGGAUGAGAAAUUUGCAGGGAAGCUGGAUCCAGCAGAUAAGCAGAAGAUUGAGAAGGCAAUUGAUGAAACUAUUGAGUGGCUUGACGGGAACCAAUUAGCCGAGGUGGAUGAAUUUGAGGACGAAUUGAAAGAAUUGGAAGGGUUGUGCAACCCAAUAAUAGCUAAGAUGUAUCAGGGUGCUGGUGGCGAUGUGCCCAUGGACAGUGGUGCAAGCAUGCCUAACGGUGGCUACAGCAAAUCAUCCUCUGGUGGUGCUGGAGCUGGGCCAAAGAUUGAAGAAGUUGAUUGAGUUUUCAACAAGGCUGUCGUUUUGUUCUGUGUCUUGCUAAACUGAGUUUGUGGUGUAAGCUUGUGAUGUCCUGUGCUGUGUACUCAGAAUGGUCCUGAAAAAAGUUACAUCAGUUGUACACUUUGUAUUUUGAGUUUUCAAUGAAAAAUUUAAUAUUUCA